AUACCGUGUUUAUCGCAACCCCCACCGUCAUCCCCGCAACUUUUCCCUCUCCCCCGCACAGCCUCGCCACAAGGCUGACAGCUUCAACCCCAAACCCACGAACCUCGGAUCUACCCCAUCACCACCCUUUACUUUCCUCCCUCUCACCUCCCACCACGCCCCCAAAAUAAACAAAACACAAUGCGCACCCUCCGCCCCCUCCUCGCGCGCGCCGCCACCCUAACACCAGCCGGUCGCGCACCGCCCUCGGCGCUGCUCCCGCCGAUACCGCUGUAUAGACGGUUGUUGAGGGCGCAUAGGAAGUGUUUGCCGAGGGAGAUGAGGGUGUUGGGGGAUGAGUAUGUUAAGGGGGAGUUUAGAACGCAUAGGGAGGUGGAGAAUCCGAUGCAUAUUAUCGGUUUCCUAACAGAAUGGCAACUCUACGCCCAAAAACUCGAAGGCUCCUCCUGGCAGGGCGAGGUGCUGGACAAAGCCAAGAUCGAUAAGAUGAGCGAUCAGCAAAUAGGGCAGUUGUACGAGUUGAUGAAGGCUACUAGGGAUUUAGAAGGGGAGGAUGAGGGAGGGGAGUUGGGGGGAGAGGGAGGGAAGGAGGGGAAGUGA